AUGUUGUUCUUGUCCAGUUUAUUAUUCUUACUUUUUACAAUUUCUGCUGCAGUAGACACCAUAACCACAGAUAAAGUAAUAAGAGACAAUGAUACACUUGUUUCAACUGGUGAAAUAGAGACUCCACUUACAGAUACCACCGGUGUGCUCAGAGUCAAUAGCAUGGGAGUACUACUGCUUCUCAAUGGUAAUAAUACCUUGAUUUGGUCGUCAAAUUCCUCAUUAUCUGUCACUAAUAUUAAUAUAGUUGCAAAGCUUCUAGAUUCAGGAAACCUUUUUGUGCAUGAUAAUAUGAACAGUAGCACAGACCAAGAUACUAUCUGGCAAAAUUUUGAUUACCCUACUGACACCUUGCUAUCUGGAAUGAAAUUUGGGAAGGAUUUUAUCACAAUGAGAAACAGAUGCUUGACAUCUUGGAAGAGUCUAGAUGAUCCUUCUCCAUGUCUGUAUGUAAGUUAUUGGGAUACAAAUGGAUAUCCACAAGCAUUUUAG